AUGCCGUUGUUUAAGCGCAAAGAAGCGCCGACGGCGAACGGCGCGUCGGUGAACGUCGCCGCUUGCGCGCACGGCAUUCGCGACAGGUACGAGUUUCGCGAUGUGCUCGGCACCGGCGCAUUCUCCAAGGUAUUCCUCGCCGAGUCCAAAAGCGAUCCGGGCCACAUGUUCGCCGUCAAGUGCAUCGACAAAAAAGCGCUGAAGGGCAAAGAGGAGUCGCUUGAGAAUGAGAUCAAAGUGCUCAGAAAAUUGCGGCAUCCGAACAUCGUUCAACUCUACGACACCUACGACGAGAAGCAGUUCGUCUAUUUGGUGAUGGAGCUCGUCACCGGCGGCGAGUUGUUCGAUCGAAUCGUCGCCAAAGGAUCCUACACCGAACAGGACGCGUCGAAUUUAAUACGACAGGUGCUCGAAGCCGUCGCGUUCAUGCACGACAACGGCGUCGUCCAUCGCGAUCUCAAACCCGAAAAUUUGCUCUAUUACAAUCAGGACGAGGAUUCGAAGAUCAUGAUCUCCGAUUUCGGCCUGUCCAAAACCGAAGACUCGGGAGUGAUGGCGACGGCGUGCGGCACGCCCGGCUACGUCGCGCCCGAAGUCCUACAGCAGCGGCCCUACGGAAAAGCCGUCGACGUCUGGUCGAUCGGCGUCAUCGCCUAUAUUCUAUUAUGCGGCUAUCCGCCGUUCUACGACGAGAGCGACGCGAAUUUGUUCGCGCAGAUCAUCAAAGGCGAGUACGAGUUCGACGCGCCCUAUUGGGAUCAGAUCUCCGACUCGGCGAAAGACUUCAUCUCGCAUUUGAUGUGCUGCGAUCCGGAAAUGCGUUUCACUUGCCAGCAGGCGCUGGCGCAUCCAUGGAUCAGCGGAAAUACCGCCUACACGCACGACAUUCAUGGCACCGUCGCCGUGCACCUCAAGAAAAGCUUGGCGAAACGCAAUUGGAAGAAGGCGUACAACGCGGCGGCGGCGAUCCGCCAACUCCAAAUGUUGCGGCUCAGCUCGAACACGAAUCGAAUGAAUCAGCAGAAGCAGCAGGCGCAGCAGCAGCAGCAAACCGCGCCGCCGUUUCCCGUAUGA